AUAUAAUUAUGAUAUUUAGAUAAAUGGUCCAUCCCACCCAAUUAAAUACCUCUAAGAUAAAAUCACAAUAGACAAGAAAAAAAAAAUAAACAGAAAAUUCAUCCACAACCUUCGUUGUCUCUUCAAACUCUGCUAAACUCUCUUUGAUACAUCCAGAUUUGAGUCUUAAGUAUGUCUGGAGACUCUUCAGGACUGUUAGAUAGCUCCCGCGGUGGCGGCGUGGGUGGUUCAGGCGAGGAGGAGAAGGAUAUAAAGAUGGAGGAAACCGGCGAUGUAGGCGGCGGAGGAGGAAACCGGUGGCCAAGACCGGAAACUCUAGCUCUCUUGAGAAUACGUUCGGAGAUGAAUAAAACCUUUCGUGACUCCACUCUCAAAACUCCCUUAUGGGAAGAAAUCUCCAGGAAAAUGAUGGAACUUGGUUACAAAAGAAGUGCAAAGAAAUGCAAGGAGAAGUUCGAGAACGUGUACAAGUACCACAAACGUACCAAAGAAGGUCGUACAGGAAAAUCAGAAGGCAAAACGUACCGGUUCUUCGAAAAGUUACAAGCUUUGGAGGCUCUCAUCAAUCCUUAUCCACCUGAACCCGAGUCACAACCCGCAAAAUCUUCUACAGCCACCACGUUAGUGACCACAACCACUUCUUCAAUACCGUUGAAGCAUCAUCAUCAUCAAGUUAGUGUGAAACCCUUCGCCACAAACCCUAACUUCCACCUCAAGCAACCGUCUCCUACAACACCUUUCCCUAUUUAUAGCAACAACCUUAAUACUGGUUUUAGACCAACUUCUAAUGACUUGAUAAACAAUGUCUCGUCGCUGAAUCUUUUCUCGAGCUCAACUUCUUCAUCUACUGCAUCUGAUGAGGAAGACGAUCAUCAUCAGGACAAGGGAUCGAGAAAGAAGAGGAAAUAUUGGAAAGGAUUGUAUACGAAGUUGACAAAAGAUUUGAUAGAGAAACAAGAGAAGAUGCAAAAGAGGUUCUUGGAAACUUUUGAGAAUCAAGAAAGAGAGAGAAUCUCAAGAGAAGAAGCUUGGAGGGUCCAAGAGGUAGCGAGAAUCAACAGAGAACACGAAACCCUAGUCCAUGAGAGGUCUAGUGCCGUGGCUAAAGACGCUGCAAUCAUAUCCUUCUUACACAAAAUCUCAGGAGGACAACAACAACAAUCGCAUCAGAACCAUAAAGUACCACAAAGGAAACCAUAUCAUAGUGAACAUUCAAUAACAUUUGAGAGUAAAGAGCCAAGGCCGGUUCUAUUCGAUGGCAACCAUUCACUAUCUCCUAGUUCUUCGAGAUGGCCUAAAACCGAGGUCGAGGCCUUGAUAAGGAUAAGGAAAAAUCUUGAAGCUAACUAUCAAGAAAAUGGUACUAAGGGGCCAUUAUGGGAAGAGAUCUCCGGAGGGAUGAGAAGAUUGGGAUACAAUAGAAGCGCUAAAAGAUGCAAAGAGAAGUGGGAAAACAUAAACAAGUACUUCAAGAAAGUCAAAGAGAGCAACAAAAAACGACCUCUUGAUUCUAAGACGUGCCCUUAUUUUCACCAGCUCGAAGCUUUGUACAACGAGAGGGAAAAAAGUGGGGCAUUGCCAGUAUUACCUCUAAUGGGGACUCCACAGAGACAGUUACUUCUCCCACAAGAAACACAGACUGAGGUUGAAACUGAUCAGGGGGAUAAAGGUGAAGAAGGAGAGAGUGAAGAAGAUGAUUACGAAGAUGAAGAUGAAGAAGGAGACAAUGAGACAAGUGAGUUCGAGAUCGUGUUGAACAAAACAUCUUCACCUAUGGACAUUAACAAUAAUAUUUUCACCUAAAUGGUUUUUUUUUAUAUUCCUCUAUAUACACUUUUCUAAUAAACUACGCAAUCGGGUGAAAGAUAGAACAUAAACAACAAAUGCAAGUAACUGGCUUGAUUUUCAGUGUUC